AAAACCAAUCACAUUUAUUUUUAAGGAAAAAAAAAGAACCAGAACAAUUUGAAGAUGACCGUUAUAUUCAAUUCCAAUUCAAAUUGAGGAAAAAAAACCCAGAUAGAAUCAGAAUCUCCACAAAAAAUCAGAAAUGGAAGAAGAAACAGCACUACAGCAUCUCAGAUCUAAAGCCACAGAACAACUUCUCAGAGAAGAUUGGAAUGAAUCAAUCAAAACUUACUCCAAAUUCAUAUCUCUUUGCCAACAACAAAUCUCCAAUACAUACAAUCAAUCUGACCUCUCAAAACUACAGAAAUCCCUCUGUUUAUCGCUCUCGAAUCGAGCCGAAGCUAGACUCCGGUUACGGGAUUUCGAGGAAGCCUUAAAAGAUUGUGAUGAAGCACUUCAAAUUGACAGCACACAUUUCAAAACCCUUGUCUGUAAAGGUAAAAUAAUGCUCAACCUCAACAGAUAUUCUAUGGGCUUGGAUUGUUUUAAGGCUGCUUUGGUUGUUGAAUCAAAUUGUAACGGGAAUUUAGAAGUGUUAAAUGGGUUAAUUGAGAAAUGUAAGAAGCUUGAUUAUUUGUCAAGAACUGGUAAUUUUGAUGUUUCUGAUUGGGUUUCUAGUGGGUUUUCUGGGGUAUGUCCUGAACUUGGUGAAUAUUUCGGGAAUGUUGAGAUUAAAAGGUCUGAAAUUAGUGGAAGAGGUUUGUUUUGUACUAAAAAUAUUGAAGUUGGAAGUUUGAUUUUGGUUACUAAAGCUGUUGCUACUGAAAGGUGUAUACUGCCAAAAUGUAGUAAUGGGGUUUUGGGUGAAAAUGCUCAAUUGGUUAUGUGGAAGAAUUUCAUUGAUAAGGUUAAUGAAUCCGCCAAGAAAUGUCCGAAAAUCAGUCAUUUGAUUAGUACAUUAUCGAUUGGAGAAAAUGAGGAUGAUCUUGAAGUGCCAGAUAUUAGUCUCUUUAAGCCUGAAACUCAAGGAAAGAGUUAUGUUGAUAAAAAUGUUGAUGUAGACAAGGUUUUGAGUAUACUUGAUGUGAAUUCGCUUGUAGAAGAGGCGGUUUCAAGCAAAGUUGUAGGGAAAAACAGUGAUUAUUAUGGUGUAGGCUUAUGGUUGCUACCUUGUUUGAUAAACCAUUCUUGUAGUCCAAAUGCAAGGCGUUUGCACAUUGGUGAUUAUGUUGUUGUUGUUGCUUCUAGAGUGGUGAAGGCAGGGGAAGAGAUCACAUUUGCUUACUAUGAUGUUCUUUCUCCAUUUAAUAAGAGGAGAGAAAUGGCGAAAACAUGGGGCUUUCAAUGUGAGUGUAAGAGAUGUAAAUAUGAAGAAGAAAUGCAGUCAAAGCCUGAGAUUGGAGACAUUGAGAAAGGGUUGGAACGAGGACAAGAUGUUGGUUGUGCCAUUUUUCGAUUGGAGGAGUGUAUGAGAAGAUGGGUAAUGAGAGGAAAAGAGAAAGGCUACUUUCGAGCAUCAUUUUGGAAAGCAUUCUCAGAGGCAUAUGAAUCAGAGAAAACCAUAAGGCGGUGGGGAAGAAAGAUACCGGCAUUGGAGGUGAUUGUGGAUAGCUUAGUUGAAGUAGUUGGGAGUGAUGAAAGGGUUCUUAAAGUGCUUGUUAGGAAAUUGAAGAAAAGUGGGUGUGGAUUUGGAGAAAUGGAAAGGGCAAUGAAAUUAGGAAGAGGUGUUUAUGGUAAACUUGUCAAGAAACAAGCACUCAGAAUUCUACUUGAGCUAGGACUUCAUGAUUAAGUGGCUCUACUAACUUAGUAGACCAUGUUAUUUUUCGUAUUAUUGCAAAUCAAGAUCCGCUAAUAUGCUUUAAUUUGUCACAACCCCUAGGAACAAAGUGCGCCAAAUUCUUCUGCUGUAGUAUCUUGUUUCAGUAGAAAAACUUUGAGAUUUUAUUAGCUUAGAUUCAUUGUUGUUUUGUUUUUACAAGCUGUUGGUAGCAAGACAUUAAUCUUUGUCAAGCUCAAGCUCAUAAUUUGGAUUACUUAUAAACAUUAACUAGAAUGAUAGAAUCCGUUAUGCUUGUGUUUGGUA